AUGUCGCCCUUCUUGCAGGGUUCGGAACCGCUCUCGCUCACCCUCAGAACCCGAGGUACGAAAUCUACAAGCGAGAGCAGCCUCAAUCUCACAUCGCCCCCUGACAACACGAAUGUGGAAGUUGCUACAACAGCGGGUCAUGUUGGGGUUCGGCGUCUCAUUCAGCACGCAGUGGAUUCAAAUAUAUAUACGCCUGCUCUCCUUGCAGUAGCAGCAGUGACAACGGUCAUCGUCUUACUGCGUAUUGCCAAGAAUAGAAACAGGUCUCUUCUCUGGUCUUACACCCCGAUAAAGAGCCAGGCAGUGGUCACGAGAAAAACAAGUCAAACUGCAAGUGUCAGCGGGCGAGAACUAUACCCGGAAGUCGAGCGUCCCUCGAAGAAUUAUACGCAAAACGACCUAGCGGAGUGUGUUACUGUCAUUUCUGCCAGUAGCGGCAGUAGCUGUGCGUCAAACGGUGCCAGAAACCCAUUACCGGCCGCAGAUCUGACGUCGCUUCUAUUCAGCCAAGCGCAGGGUGCCGGCGACUACACCCUCAACCAAGUACCCAUAUCCUCACCCACACCCUUCACCUUAUCCGCCUGGCCUAAGCUGCAGCUGUGCCGCCAGGAUCGUCCCUGGAUACCCCAGUCAGAGUCUCCCCAGCAGCAGCAUCCCGAUCUACAGCUGCUAGCCAGCCGUUUCAUGCCGCCUGGCCGCCCGGUAGCCAGUGACGGCAGCAACGGUAUGCCUCUCUGGGAAGAACUACAGCGACCCCAACGCCAGUCACGUGGAGUCAGCAUUACGCUCAACCCGGAUAGUGACGCUGCUUGUCUCCCGCCGCCUGUACACCCGUCAGAUGACAUUUCGCGCCAGCAACUUUCCCCCAGUGCGUCUGCUGUGGAUAAUGCCUCGGUUAGCGCGUCAAUUGCGCUCCCUUCCCAGUCAUCGUCGUCCUUGUCGGCUUCAUCCGUUCGGACAGAUGGGGCCUCUGGUAGAAGAACCAUGGACGGCGGCGACACGAGCUGGCGGGAAGCUUCACCAUCUUCCUCAUAUCCUGGUGAUGAUGCAGCACACGGAGAAAGUACCGCGCUCGAUUCUUCUACAAGCUCGAUGAUCCCUCCUUUAAUACGACCCCAACAUUCGACCUCGGGCAACUCGGUCUUGGCAGCACAAACCAGGGCUCCCGCCGACUCCAACAACCCAACUCCUCGCCAGAUUCCGAGCCGACCACUUGUUGCCCCGCCCCUGUUAUCAUUGAACACGAGUGAUGCUCCGACAGUGUUCUCUUUUGAACAUCGACGAAAAGCUUAUGCAGCAUCCAUACCGCCAGAGCUUGACAGUGGCGGCAGUGGUAUUGACCGGUUGGCAUUCAUAUACCAAGACGAUAAGCCAUUCCACGUGGCUACCGAGUCCGAAAGCCCGUUUGGGUCAGAGCUCAGCUCGGCCGCUUCGGGCUCAUUGUCCCGCGCAUCGUCAGCAACCUCACCGGGAACGAUAUCAGUUGCGUUCAAGGGCUCGUCCUCUUUGAUGCCUGGUAAUCCCGGUAGCUUGCAGCUCAAGACAGACGCAUCUACAAGGGAUCCAACUCACGCAAGACCGACGCCGAUUCCUUUGAAAAGGGGUGGAAACAACAUGUGGUUUACACAUGAGUCGAUAGCUGCAAAUGACAUUCGCCAAGGCGGCCCAUCGUCAUUUCCACCCACUUCACCUCUCCUUCCGCCACCGCCGCCCGGCUCCGAUAACUAUGAAUUUGACCUAACGUCCCCCGCGUAUCUGCAUAGCCAUAUGGAUGAUGCAGAGGAUCAUGACGACGACGAGGUUGCGAAUGAGCAUGAUGAUAUGUCACAGCAAGAUGACGUACCAAUAUGGAUGAGGCAUACACGCUCUUUUGGUGGUGGCGUCUGCCUUGCCUGUCUUGCAAACGGUGGCGGCUUUUAUGGCGAGAAUGUUCCUUUAGAGGAUCGCAGACCGCGAUAG